UGUGAAAGCUUUAAUUUCUAGUAUUUUCAACUGUGUAGUUAGCAGCAGUGCUAGCCGUGGUUAGCAGCGCUGUUGGACGGCAUUUACUAGCCCUAAGCACUGCUAACCAUGGCUAGCGCUGAGGAACCCUUAGUGUUCCGGUAACACAAGGCGCUAUCAGCUAGUGGUUUCUCCCAUGUAGCUUGUUUUAACACGGUACACACGCAGACUACAAUCCGAUAUACUCACCUCUGAAUGGUGAAAGAGCUAGCAGUGCGGUUAGCGGCUAAUGCUGAUACUGCUUCAGCCUGGAGAAACUUCACUGAAACUCCUGUAUAACGCUGUAAUUUAGCGGAGUUGUUUUACUGCCCCUAACAACCUGACUUGUAGAAUUCAUACAUUAGGCUCACCGGCCAAAUUAGAUGAUUUUAAGUGCAGAUUAUAAUAGUAGUAGUAAUUAGAUACUACACGUCUUCUUCUCCGCUGUUACUGACGGCAGUUCACGUUAGCAUGUGUAGCAUAACUGCGUUUUUGGGGAAUAAUCAGCAAGUGCAUUUCUAGUAGUAAAAUACUGGGUGAGGCUCUGCUUACAAGAGCUUUCUGUGCUUGAACUUGCAGGAUCCUUAACAUCUGAUGAUACAUUCUGAUUAUUGUGUCAUUUUUUACUUUUAAAUAUUUUCAUUAAUGGUCCUUUAGGAAGCCAUAUUUGACUUUUUACCAGUUGUUUUGUAAUAAUUAAACAUAUUUCUUUAAGCUUAAUAUAAAAAUAAUACAUCAAAUAUUUUUUGUUAGUUUACAGAUUAGAGUUUGGCCCACUGGGAAAUAGUCAAUUAGACUUCAAUCUAUUGCUUAAAUUCUACAGCAAAUGGUCUCCAAAGGCUAAGCUGAAGGGGAAUUUUGUACUGUCUCUCCAGUUUUGUAUAAACUUUCUAACAUUUCAUAUAAGAAUAUCAAGAUUACCAGUUACUGAUCAUCAGAAGAACCACAGAACAAUUUAAACCUCACAGUUCUGUGUAUGAUUUGUAAUUUAUAGUUGUUUUAUUGUUGUUGGUGUACAUUAAGGAUCUGUCACCAUCUGGUAAUUUAAUCAGGUGGUAUUAAUGAGAUCAAGAGGUCCCCUGCUGUUAGCUAAGCCUGUUCUUUCAUGGAUAGCUCCUUAUGUAGACAGCUUCCACAGAGCAUCCAACAGUGUCCCUCCAACCAAUCAAAUUGCAGUCCAAAACCCUGCGAUCAUCCCUUAUAAUCUAAAGCAGUACUGUAUGGGUUUAAAUAGGAGGCCUGGUCAUGUUGGUUUGUUUCAGCCUCUACAUUCGAGUGAAAGAUGGGCAACAGUAAAAGUGUUUCUCUCUCUAAAGACGUGCUGGAGGAGCUGAAGUCCAACACACGGUACACCGAUGAGCAGCUUUUUGCCUGGUACCAGACCUUCAUGAAAGAGUGCCCCAGUGGCCAGAUCAGCCGAGAACAGUUUGAGAGCAUCUACGCCAGCUUCUUUCCUGACGCUGACCCGAAGGCCUACGCUCAGCACGUGUUCCGAAGCUUUGACUCUAACAGCGACGGGACACUCGAUUUUAAAGAGUACAUUGUGGCACUGCAUCUUACUUCUUCUAGCAAGACGUUCCAGAAGCUCGAGUGGGCCUUUGCGUUGUACGAUGUGGACAGGAAUGGGACUAUCACCAAAAAUGAGAUCCAUGAAAUUGUCAAGUCUAUAUUUAACAUGAUCUCAAUAGAGGACCAGAAGAACCUACCAGACGAUGAAAACACGCCUGAAAAAAGGACAGAAAAAAUCUGGGACUAUUUUGGGAAAAAGGAAAAUGAUAAAAUAACAGAAGGAGAGUUCAUCCAGGGAGUGAUGGACAAUAAGAACAUUCUCAGACUGAUCCAGUUUGAUGAGCCCCAGAAGGUCCAGGACAGGCUGAAGGAAAAGAAGCAAUAGCAGUGCCUCCUUCCAAUUUUGCCUCACUCUUCUUUUAAGAUCAGUCUUACAAUUGACUUAUUUUAAGAAAUGUCCCAAUGACUUGUGUUUCUAUAUAUUUAUAUAUAUACUCGUAUAUAUACUCACAUAUAUAUAUAUAUGUAUAUAUAUAUAUAUAUAUACAUAUAUAUAUAUACUAUUUGACAAAAAUAGCUUAGUAUCAGUUGCCAAUAAUAUAGAAACCAAUCAUAGCCAGUUGAAUGUGCAAGUUUAUGUGGCAGUUUCCCUGCUAUGGAUUAAGCCCAGUUUUAGGACUACAGAGCAUUUUGAAUUUGGAGAGUUUACAUUAAAAUGUAAAUAUAUUCUAAAUCAAGGCCUAAUCCAUGUCUGGGGAACUGACCUGAUAUGUUAUUUGUGAGUAUAAUAUAAGAGUGGAAGGAUUAAGUUUAUUGGAGGAACCCUGUAAACUGGGAACCCCUUUCUUUGUAUGGGUGAGCAUUAGCCUGCUGAAAAAUGCCAGUUGGAAACCUCUAACCAAAGUAGCCUCUGGAGCCUUUUUAGAGGGCAGAGGAUGAGACCCAGUGUAUAAUCAGACCACACCUGUAAUCAUUUACAUAAAUUACAUAACUAAAAUAUAAGUAUUUCUGGGAUUUUCAGGAGUCUGGGGUGUGUUAUUUUUUUGUCAGUGAGUGUAUUUUGCUUCCAUACCAAACAUUCAUGUUCAGACUAUACAAAACAUGGCUGUUGCUUGGCUGUACUGAAUAUACACUGUAAUAAAAUAUCAUGUUUACUGUA